UUCAAGAUGGCGGACUUAACACCUCGUGCAGAGGUGUUUGAAUGUUUUGAUUCCGGAGAGCUGAAAGGACGGGGAUUAAGAGCUAUAAAAGCAUUAACGCCCGGAGAUAAAGUACUGGAGUCUAUUCCGUUGGUCUACGUUUUAUGUAACAGUGUGAGAGGUCUGUGCUGUGAUUUUUGUUUCGCCAAAAGCGAAGACCUCCAGCGUUGUUCAAAGUGUAAAUUUGCUCGUUAUUGUAACCGUGAAUGCCAAAAGAGCGCUUGGAAGGAUCACAAAACCGAAUGCCAACUCACUUUGAAUAUUUCGCCAAAUAUUCCAACCGAUCUUGUACGACUCAUGGCGAGAAUCACACAACAGGAACAAACUGCUAAACCUUCGACGUCGUCUGUCCGAUCUGUGUACUCGAGUCUCGUCUCUCAUCAUGACAAGUUUAACGAUCAAAGAAAAGAAGCCUUCUCAGCUAUCUUGGUUGCUCUUAAACUCUUUACUGGCGAGGGCGAUUUACAUAAAUACUCAGAUGAUCAGCUAUUUGUCCUUUUUGGUAAAAUAUCCUGCAACAGUUUUACUAUUUGUGAUGCUGAACUGCAGCCCUUGGGUGUUGGCAUUUAUAAAAUUCCAUCCCUUCUCAACCACUCAUGUGUGCCAAACUGUGUCACUGUUUUCAGUGGCACAAAACUCCUUGUGCAUGCAACGGAAAAAAUCAAGCAAGGUGAUGAACUAACAAUAAGCUACACAGAACUGCUUUGCCCAAGCUACCAGAGGAAGGAAGACUUAGAAAGUCGUUAUUCAUUUGAUUGUCAUUGUUUGAAGUGUUUCUCACCACUAGAGGAAGAUGGACUUAUGUUGAGCCUGCAGUGUUCCGACUUUCAAUGCAAUGGAGCACUACCAAGGGAUUUGGCAGGAGGAGGCUUUGCUGAUUGCAACACAUGUGGUAAACAGAUAUCCAAUGAAGCGAUGGUAACAAAAGCAGAGGCAAUUAUCUCAAAAUCUGGUGAAGCUUUAAAGGAAAUAAAGGAAUUAGAGAAAACUGAUGACUAUAGAAGUAUUCUUGACCUUGCUAAGAAUAUCUUAGAAGAACAGAAAGAUAUCUUUCACAAAUUACAUUACAGCAGAAUUAGCAUUCUUGAUAAAGCUAUGGAUGCCUGCAUUAAUCUAGAGUUUUGGGACAGAGCCUUAGCUUUUGGACUUCAGACAAUGGAUGGAUACAAGCUCUAUUAUCCAAGGAAUCAUCCGAGUGUUGGCAUUCAGUUGUUCAGAAUUGGCAAACUUCAAGUCUACUUGGACAAAUUAAAAGAUGGUUUUCAGUCACUGCUGCAGGCAGAAGCGAUUCUGAAAGUAACUCACGGAAAUCACCCGCUUGUACAAGAGCUGAGGGCAAUGAUAGGUCAGACAUUAGAGGAACUCCGAGAAGAACAAAACAGAACAGUCCAAGGGAUGGAAUUAAUUUGAACUGAGAAAUUGGGAAGUUGGUUAUCGAAUGUUCUCUUCGAUGGCUGGAAAGCAUACGAGAAAAGUUCAGUCAUAUACGUUUAAACAUCCCACGUCUCGUUUUGAUAGUUAGGGCUCGUCAAAGUAAAUCGCGAGAACGUUUUUAGCCCGCGAUCGAGCGUUCUAGUUUGGGAGGAGCUUGAGAGUGUAGCAGCACAAGGACAAAAGGGUGCAUUUUGUUUUCCUCAUUUUGCUAAGUUUCAUUAGUGGGACAAAAGCUGCGAACUCGGUUGUUCCAAGCAAAACAGGCAUCAUUCCCGAUUGGUCAUCUCAUGGGGUCCCUUCGGGAAAGCUCAAAAUUUUCCUUUCAAUUUGUUGUCCCAAAUAUAGUGAACGGAAUGUGUGACAACACUUUCAGAGAGUUUGAGAAGAUUUGAUUGCAAAUGUCCCUAUUUUUGAGGGUUAAAAGCUCCUGGCGUAAAGAAUGAAAGAUACAGAACAUUGUUCCAACUCCCGACUUAAAAUUACGGGAAAAAAUCGUAAACAAUUCUUCUUGCAAUAAAUCUUUUUUUAAUAGCUACGUCAACCUAAAAACAACGUGAAGUAGAAAUCUAAAAUGCUUCUUUGAUGAUAAACUAAUACAAUAAAUUUACUUGUAUUUAAGACUCGUAUGUUGGUGAUUUAGUAGUGGUAUGUUUCACUUGCAAAUACAAAUUAAGUGGUAAACUUUUUGGCUUUUUUAAUUUCUUUUCAAUUCACAAAUUCAUGUCGAAAUACUCUUCGCCAUAGAACGUUGAAAAUGAGGAAAUUAGUUUUUCCAGCUACUAAAGGAACACAAACUGAACCAAUUUCCGAACUGAAACAUGAAUUCCGAGGCAUUCCAUCAAACGCGAACUGCACCUAUCAAAAAAAAGGUACCAAAAAGACUAGGAGCUGAAAAAACAAAAUCAUUCUCAACAGAAAGAUUUAAGAAUAUUUCUUUGAGAUUUGGCGAAUAACGGUACCAAACUUGAAAUUUUUGGUAGAGUGAGACAUGACAUUUUUUCUCAACAUGCUACACAACAUACUCAGGGGAAUUAAUCAAAAUGAAACCCCUCCAAGACCUUUUACCGCCGUUCAAAAGAAACGCAAAAAUGUUGGCAUGUGACCAAAUGUGCUAAUUUCUUAAAUCAGACGGCUUUAGUGCAAUGCUUUUACCGUUUCUAGAAUUUCAAAUGUAUUCCGGCCAAUUACGUAUCUAAUUAUUUUUUCUACCAAAUAUACCAGGUUUGGUAAGCCAAGUGUCAUCGAGAUCCAAAGUGCCGACAUAUCUGUGGCGGCGGUUCAAUUUUUCAAUUUAAAUAGCACAAAUCUAGCUCUCAAGAAAAGAAGCGAAACAUCCACUUUUUCGUAGUGAAUAAAACACUACUGAAAAACUGAUUUUCGCUUCAACCUAUUAACAAAUCCUGCAAUAAAUAGUGAAACAAACGAAGGGAAAUAAUCAAGUAUCCAGGUGUGACGAUCAUGUAUUUAACUUUUGAAUUAAGAGCUAAGCAUUGGUGACAGUGUACUUUAUGUCGCCUGGGCGCUUCGUGUUUUAAAUUACUGUACAAAAUAAAUAGAUUUUGAUGGACUUUCCCACCGAGUCCUUCUCUGUUCAUGAUAUGUCUUUGUUUCACAGUGAAAACGAGAUAAAACCCUCCUAAAUUUCCUGACGUGACUAACAGACGCACGAAAAUCGUGAUUAAAUCGAGGGUUCCACCCCACGUUGAUAAAACAUCAAGUGACAAUUUUCAGAUGAUUGACAUUUUAAAACAAGCGCUAUAUACCUUUCUGGUCAGGAUCGUGGUUGACUACCGUAAAACCCCAGUCACAUGGUCACGCGUAACCCAAACCCCUAACCCCCCCCCUCCC